CGGGAGGAGCCGCCGCGCCCCUGCCCAGCCCGGCCGGGCCAUGAAGACGGAGAAGGACGAGGCCGUGGCCGCCUUCUCCCUGCGGGGGAAACCCGCGGAGGGGGCAGGCUGCAGUGACCCGGCCCUGCCCGGUGCCCCCAGGCCGGGCAGCGGAGCGGCCCCGGGCCCGGAGCUGCGGCCGCUGAAGCGCAGACCUGUCCCAGGGAAACACCACCAGUGCUCGAGCUACGGCUGCAAGCUGGCCUUCCCCAGCAUGCAGGAGCUGAUGGACCACCUGAAGGUGCACUACAGACCCACGCAGUCCCUCGAGGGCAAAACCUUCCGGUGCCCCACGCUGGGCUGCCCCGAGACCUUCCCCAGCAUGCAGGACCUCAUGGCCCACAUGAAGGCGCACUACAAACCGAACCGCUACUUCAAGUGCGAGAACUGCCUGCUGCGCUUCCGCACGCACCGCUCCCUCUUCAAGCACCUGCACGUCUGCUCCGACAGCUCCGGCGGCCCCGCGCCGCCCCCCAAGCCCGACAAAGCCGUCCUGCCUCCCGCUACCUGUGGGCCGGAGAAGGAGCCCCCGGCCAAGCCCCCCGAGGGGCCGCCCAAGCUGCCGAGCGCUCUGCGGCCCCCGGAGAAGGAAGCGGCGGGCGCGGACACUGCCCCGGCGGCGCUGCCCGGCUCGCUGGAGCCGCUGCCGCUGGUGUCGCCGGGUCCCCACCGCUUCCCGCUGCUGGAGCCCGGCCUCUUCGGGCCCCCGUCCUUGACUCGCUUCUCGGGGCCGCCGCCGUCCUCGGUGGCCGGGCCGUUCGUGCCCUACGCGCCCCCUUCGCCCUUCGGGCUGCCGCAGCCCCCGGCUCAGCACCGCCUGCGGCCCUUCCUGCCGGGCCACGGCCCCGCCAGCGUCUCCAACGCCGUCUGGAAGAAAAGCCAAGGUGUGAGUGUCAGCCCACUCCUCCCAUGCUUUGGCUCAGGAGUGACUCCAGGGCACUCCUCCAACAGCCGCAUCGUGUGGGAGCACACGCGGGGCCGCUACAGCUGCACGCAGUGCCCCUUCUCGGCCGCCUCCCGCGAGGAGAUGACCCUGCACAUCGAGGACCACCGCAAGAACCCCCCGCCCCCGCGCCUGGAGGCCGAGAUGGAUUUCGGGGUGGGCCUCGCCCCGUUCCACACCAAGCUGCCGCCGGAGAUGGAGAAUUCCCUGUACUCGCAGCUUUGAUGCCCUCGGCUCCCACGGGACUCUCCCGCACCUCCCCGGGGGCACAGCACAGCCCCGGGACAGGAGCCCCCCUCCCUGGGGACAGGAGCACCCCCAGCCCAGCCCGGGGUGCCACAGGGGCAGACGUUCCCCCUGGAAUUUCUCCCCUUUUUUUAUUUUUGGGAACUCUCCGGCGCCCGGAACCCCUGUAUCUCCCUCCCUUGAAGGUUUUGUCGCUUCAGCCCCGGGGGCUCUGCGGGAGCCCGGUAGGUUCUCAGGAGUUAGCGGACAUCUCUGGAAUGAGAUCUCGGAACAAUAAACGGGAAUUGUACAGGAGAGGCUCUGUGGGUCCCAGUGGGGAGCGGGGCUGGCACU